AUGUGGGAUGAAGAGAAGAAGGAAGAGAAGAAGGAAGAGAAGAAGGAAGAGAAGAAGGAAGAGGAGAAGGAAGAGGAGGAGGAAGAGGAGAAGGAAGAGGAGAAGAAAGAGGAGGAGGAAAAGGAGAAGGAAGAGGAGGAGGAAGAGGAGAAGGAAGAGGAGAAGGAAGAGAAGAAGGAAGAGGAGGAGGAAGAGGAGAAGGAAGAGGAGAAGGAAGAGGAGGAAAAAGGGAAGAAAAAUGAAAAGAAUGAUAAAAGGAAGAGAGGAAAUAAUUUGCUACAAAAGAGAAUGAAACAUUUUCAAUUGAUAGUAAUGAUAUUAAUGAGAGAGCAAGCAGUUCACUUUGCUUAA